CUUUUCUUUCUUUGUACAGUUGAUAUUAGUCCGUUUUCAGUUCUACUCGCUUUCAUCAAGUCGAUUCAACUAAUUGUAUAUAUCAAUCUCUUUCUAAUCCAAUUUUCCAUUGGUACAAGCGACAUAUAUGUUUAAAUAAACUGUCCAGAAUAUGAGUGCACUCGAAACACUCCAGAAAAUCUUGCCUUCAAAGCAAGCUGCCGACCAUGAAAGCAAGAAAGGGCCAGAAUUCAAAGGCUUGCCAGCACUACAACAGUAUAUUCAGCUUGAAUCUAAAGAGAAGCCGUCACACCUGCUGUUGCUUUUAGAACAUCUCCGAAUCCAAACUUCGGGCAGUGACAGCGUCCUCGACCUAGACAGCAUAGACUUGGAGUCGUUAGACCAUUUAAACCAGAAAUUUCUCGAAUUCAACGUCACCAUAAAACAGUACAGAAAAAAACUCGAACCAGUAGAAACCAUACUUGUCGACUUUAAUAAGGACUUGACCCAGUUGCUGUCGAGUUUGGUUUCCCUACAGCAACAAUCCACGAAACUUUCUUCCGACUCAAAUUUGCAGAGAACUAUUACAGAAAAACUCAACCCCAUCAUACUUGAUCUCGUGAUUUCUCCAGAAAUUGUAAAAUCGGUUCUUCAGGACGAAGUCGAUGUCAAAUGGUUGGACAACUUGAAGUUUCUUUCGGAAAAACUGCAGUUGGUCGCCAACAUCAAAUCUGAAUCCAAAUCGUUUGAAAAAUUGGAAAUUGGCAUUACCCUAUUAACAAACAAGGCUGUAGAAAGAAUAAGAGACCACAUCAUCAAGAACAUCAAGGCUUUGAGAUCCCCUGGAAAGUGCUCAUCGCAGACUAUUCAACAGAACUUGUUGUUGGUUAAAGAAGCCUUCUAUUUCCUUCAAGAACAGCACAAAGAAUUGGCUAACCAAUUACAACUUGCAUAUAUCCACACGAUGAAAUGGUAUUACCAAACCAGAUUUGCCAAAUACAUCUAUGCCUUGGAGAAGUUGCAUAUUAGAAACAUCGAUCUGACCUAUGUCUUGGGCAGCAAGGCACCGAACCAGAUCUCUAUGGCAGACUAUUUACUGUCUAUCGAUAAAAGAUUGAGUGUUCUUGAAGAUAAGAGUAAGAGUGUCACUGCUAUAGCUUCCCAAAUCGCAGAGACAACUCCCUUUACCUACUGGUUGGAGUUCGUGUUCAACCAGUUCUCAGUGGCCCUCAUAGACAACAUUAUUGUAGAGUAUCUUUUCAUAGUGGAGUUCUUCUACCAAGGAGAUGAAAAGUUUGAAAAAAAAGAUGACUGGUACCAUGUCAUGUUUAACAAUGUUUUCAAAAUCGGCCGGGAGUUCUUGACAUGUUAUGGAACCUGUGAUGGAUAUGCUAUUUUGCUUAUGAUAAGACUUAUACAGAGUUCACAGAACAUCCUUCACAACGAGUUUCACAUUCCUAUUCUUGAUGACUAUCUCAAUUCGUUGUUACUUAUAUUGUGGCCACAUUUCACUAAGGUGAUAGACGUUAACUGCGAAGCCAUGAAGAAGUCGGUUAUACAUACGCCUAAAGAAGCAGUUCUUGCACCUGUGAACGUCACCCAGCAGUUUGCCCAGUUUUUGCUGGGGUUGUUGAAAUUGUCAAGUUUAAAAGGAGAACCACUUUAUACAUCUAUGUCGAGGUUGCGAAAUGAUUUUGAGAGUUUUCUCACCAAGUACAGUAACCAUGCCUUUGGAGUCACAGAAAAGGAGAUUUUCUUGUACAACAACUACUUCCUUGUGGUGAGCAUCUUGAAGAAUGAGAAUACUGGUGGAGAAGCCAACGAACUCAUCGACGAACAGAUUAAGCAUUUCGAACUUCUCUGUGAAGCAUACAGCAAGCAUUAAUGUAGCAAUAGGUAGAAUAAGAAUAAUAAAAAUGAAGAAGUAGA